AUGAGUGGGAAGACCGUCACAGCAAGCCCAGACAGGAAUCCAAAGCAUUUCACUUAUGACUACACGUUUUGGUCCGUCGGCGAGGGACAAGGUACCCAAGCAGAGAUAUUUGAGGACAUCGGCACACCCAUGGUGUCGAAUGCUGUGGAUGGUUUCAACUGCACGCUUUUCGCCUAUGGGCAGACGGGCAGUGGCAAGAGCUACACCAUGAUGGGUGGCGUCCCGACUGACGAAGGGGAUGCAGGUGUGAUCCCACGGAUGAUCAGCGGGCUUUUCGAAGAGAAGGAACAUCCAUGCAAAGAGCCGGGCUCGUCCGGGCUCGUUCGGAUUUCAUACCUCGAGAUCUACAAGGAGCAGGUCACCGACUUGUUUGCGUCUCUUAGCGCGAACAAAGAGAACAAGGGCGAGAAUCUAAAGAUCAUGGUCGCUUGGACUGCAAAUGAGCUGGGGCUUGAGGGUUCGCUUGCCAGCCGCAGCAUGCCGGAGACAAGAGAGCACCCCAAGCUGGGUGUCUAUGUGAAAGGCCUGUACCAUAUGCCCUGCGCCACGAAGGACGAGGUGAUGCGCAACUUGGAGUAUGGGCUGAAGAUGAGAACGAUCGCUGCCACGAACAUGAAUCAAAGCUCCUCGCGCUCGCAUGCGGUCUUCACUAUCAUCGUCAACAGGCUCGAGGGGGAGCGCCCCAAGGGCAAGAACGGCAAGGACGAGCGCAAGUCGCUCUCUGCCAAGAUCAACCUUAUUGAUCUCGCAGGAAGUGAGCGCACUUCCAAGGCGCAAACAGAGAACGACCGCUUGAAAGAGGGUUGUGCCAUCAACCAGAGCCUCUCCCAGCUUGGCCUGGUGAUCAAGAUGUUGACAGAGCAAAGCAAUGGUGGCUUGAAAGCUCCCAUGUUCCGCGCGUCGAAGCUGACCUUUCUCUUGAAGGACUCACUGGCAGGUAACUCCAAGACCUGCAUGAUGGCCACGGUUUCACCCGCCAGCGACCCUCAUCUGCACGGAAUGAAGCUGCUCAGUACAGUCGUACAGCUUAGUUUGCUGGGCGACACUGCUGCAGCCGAGGACAACUACGAUGAGACAGUCUCGACACUGAGAUUCGCCUCGUCGGUCAAAAGCAUCAAGACAGUGGCUGUUCAAAACAAGAACAAGAAGGAUCAACUCAUCGAUAACUUGCAGCAGGAGAUGCGGCUUCUGAAGGCACAGAUGGCUGCCGGAGGUCUCAACGUCGCCGAAGCAUCAGAGCAGUUGAAGGAGCGGGAGAGACUCAUCAAGGACUGGAUAUUCGGAGCCCCGGAGCUCUCCUUGCAGGCCGCUCGGGAGAUGAGCCGCGCGCGGGAGAAAGCCUUGGAGGAGAGCGGCCUCUCCCACGGCCACAUCACCGAGGCUUUCGGAAUCAGCAACGGCCAGCCCUACAUGGUGAACAUGGCCUUUGACCCUAUGCUGGCUGGAUGCCUCAUCUACUUGAUCCAGGAAAGCAAGCCGACAACCAUGGGCGCCAACAAGGACAACACCAUCGUCUUGAAAGGUCUGGGGAUGCCGGACUUCCUGUGCCGCAUCGAUGUCUUAGAGGCCGGGAAGACGCACUCAGCUUGA